AUCAUCUCUUCGUAACAUGGACAACCCUAAGCUGAAUCCCUUCGAGAUUCCGGAAAUCCUCUUACUCAUUGGGGAGCUGCUCGAGCGAAGCGACCUCCUAAACUGUAUCCGCGUCUCCAAGGCUUUUCAUAGAAUUCUUAUCAGUCUCAUAUGGAGGAAAAUCACUGUCGGACCGAAAGGAGAUCCUGACAGUAAAGCAGUACAGAAGCACAAGGAAUACAUAGAAGAAAUUACAUUUGACAACUACACAUUUAAUGAUUCAUUCCCAGAGAAGUAUGAGUCGUUACAGAGGCUUCAGUCCAUCGCAUACACAUGGUGGUGUUCAUGGCCCACACCAAUCCACCUUAUCAACCAAAUCAAGGCUCACAGCUCCAUCAUCACCAUUCUUCACUUGACCAAACAUAUUGAGUAUCCGCCAGAGUUCUGGAAGGUUUUGCUAGAAUGCACCAAUCUCAACCACUUGGAGAUUAAUCGCAUAGAUAUCGAUGUUGGAGUUGACUUAUUCCUUCAAGUUUGCAUGAGACUUCGGCACUUGGAACUGGACCAUAUAACCAUUCACCAGUUCCCUAUCAACAUUCUUAGUAGAGAGCACAGUGAAUAUAUUUUCCCAAAUAUACACACACUCCGUAUUGACCAUGUCAGGAUAACCGAUCCUUCAUAUCCGUACAGCAACUGGUAUUGUCUUGGGAUGUUUGUAAGGAGUUGUCCAGCAUUGUGUUCACUGGAAAUUAAGGGUCAGAGCCGAGAUAAAGAAGACUUCUACAAGGUAGCACUCCUUCAGCAUCCUUGGACUCUGAAUAAUUUAUCAGACCUAUGUGCCUAUAUCACCAUCGAGGACGAGGAUAUAGCAGCGCUUCUCAGACGGAUGACUGAAUUAAAACAGCUACACCUCUCUACAUGUAAAUUUGGCCAGUUUUCUUUACAGGAGCUGCUAGCUGACAGGCAAGAGGUGGUGGAUAAUGGACAACUAGUACGAAAGACAAGGCUUCGGAGGCUCUGUGAGACAGUUGAGACGUUGGUAUUCGGGAUAUACAAUAACAAUAUUGGUGGCCAGACUAUUUUAUCAAAUUGUCCACGACUAAAAACACUGGAUGGAUUUAUAAUUACAGUAUCAGAGAUUGUCGAUGGAGCAGAAUGGGUUUGUACUGGAUUGACUCGCUUGAUUAUCUAUCUUAAGGCAGACAUUGAUCAAGAGACUGAGGAAGGGAUGGCAAAGGCACGUAUUACGUUUAGACAACUAGGUAAACUGACUCGGCUUGAAUAUCUUAUGCUAACACAGGGCUUAUGGAAUCGAAGUAGACGGACACUGGACUUGAGAUUAAGAGCAGGUCUGAAUGAACUAGCCAAUCUGAAGAGACUAGAUUGGCUAAGGAUUAUAGGUGAUGGUUGCCAGCGAAUGCAGCUUGAGGAUGCGAAAUGGAUAGUGAGCAACUGGCCAAGGAUUAGAGGUGUGAAUGGUGUUCUGAACGAUGAGAAAGAGACAGCGGAUUUGCUGAAAGGGUUCUUUGAAUCACAUAAUAUAUCCAUUAGACAAUAAA